GACUGGAUGCCGUUAAGCCCGGAUUUCCUGGCAGGCCCGCUGGAGGCUUUUCAAAAAGGCAUCCCAGCCCGCGGGGCACAGCCUUUCCCUGUCUCAUCUGGACAGGGAGCCCCUGGACACAUGCCCCCUGUUUCCAGCUGGUCGCACAUGCUUUUUUUUCAUGCUGCAACCAGAAAGCCGGGCCAAGGUGUGACAUUUAUGAACCCCAGCAACUGGGAGCUGUGCGCGCACGCCGUGCUGCCUGUGAUGUGGGGAGUGAUGAAUGGGCCGUUCUGCUUCCCCUCUGGCAUGCCUGCAGCCUAUUUACUGCCCGGCCAAGUAUAAAACCGCCGGCCGGCUGCGCUCCAUCUCCAGCCCGGCGUCCCCCGAGGAGACCACGCGCCGGAGCCCGGCCGGCUUCCCCAGGAGGCUCCUGGCUUGCUGAGAACCAUGGUCCGUGGGCACCUGCUGGCUCUGUUUGUCCUCCCUUUUUGCCUGUGUCAAGAUGAAUACAUGGAGGUGAGCGGAAGAGCUAAUAACGUGGUGGCCAGAAUAGUGCAGAGCCACCAGCAGACCGUCCGUGGUGGCUCCAGGAGGGAGACAGUGAGAGAGCGGAGCCACCCGAGAGCGGGGACUGUGGCUAAUAACGCGUCUGCAGACCUAAAGCCCCCGAGGCCAGAUGAGCUCCCGCACCCCGAGGUAGAUGGCCUAGCCCCGAUCACCCCGUUCUGGGGCCAGUCUCCAUCGCCGGGAGGACUGCCCCCAGACUGCAGCAAGUGUUGCCAUGGAGAUUACAGCUUCCGGGGCUAUCAAGGGCCGCCUGGACCUCCUGGCCCCCCUGGCAUUCCAGGAAACCAUGGAAACAAUGGCAAUAACGGAGCCACUGGCCACGAAGGGGCCAAAGGUGAGAAAGGAGACAAAGGAGAGCUGGGACCACGAGGGGAGCGAGGGCAGCAUGGCCCCAAAGGAGAAAAGGGCUACCCGGGGGUCCCCCCGGAACUGCAGAUCGCCUUCAUGGCUUCCCUGGCCACUCACUUCAGCAACCAGAACAGUGGCAUCAUCUUCAGCAGUGUUGAGACCAACAUUGGAAACUUCUUUGAUGUCAUGACUGGUAGAUUUGGGGCCCCAGUGUCAGGCGUGUAUUUCUUCACCUUCAGCAUGAUGAAGCACGAAGACGUUGAGGAAGUGUACGUGUACCUCAUGCACAACGGCAACACGGUCUUCAGCAUGUACAGCUACGAGACAAAGGGGAAAUCAGACACGUCCAGCAACCACGCGGUGCUGAAGCUGGCCAAAGGAGACGAGGUUUGGCUGAGGAUGGGCAACGGCGCUCUUCACGGGGACCACCAGCGCUUCUCCACCUUCGCAGGCUUCCUGCUCUUUGAAACGAAGUGAACAGAGGACUAGACCAGCUCCACUUUGGGGGAAACCUGUGGCUGAGCUGGUAUUGUUAUGAUGUGAGGAACAUUAGAGUUAAGGGUUCUACAUGUUGUAUGUUUUUUUUUAAUUAUUGGUUACAUUGUUAAUCAUGCUACAGACACAGCAAUAUUGUGGGAUGACUCAGGGGUUCAGAAGAAUCAAACACAAAACAGUUUUCCCAAGUGACCUUGUCUGAAACACUCACCACUUUUCUCUCUCUUCCCCAGGCAUCUAAAAGAGAGUUCCCCUCUUGGUACAGGUUGGAAAUACUGGUUCCCAUCAGAGAGCUCAUUUGCAAAGAGUUUUGGCAGCUCUGUUUUUAAUUUAAUAGCAGCUCUCAGGAACCCCUGAAGCUUUGAGUUCAUCAUUAUAACUUUUCAGCAAAUAGGAUGCAGUGAUUAAGAUGGGGCUGAGGCAAGAGCAGGGGCACUUGCUAGGAUCGAGGUGCCAGAAACAUGUGUAAAACCUAGACUGGGAAGUAGCACUUUGAUCCAGUGGGUCAACACUCAUGAAUAAAGUACAGAUCUUUUUUCAUCAUUCCUGAUAGCUUUUCAAUAGCAAAAGUAUUCACAAUGCCCACACAUUAUUGACUCACCCUUUUU